GCAUCAUCCGGGAAUUCUAUGCAUGCAGACAGUUCUAUCAGUGGACAUGAUACAUACUACAUAGCGCAGAAAUAGAUAGGGCGUAGUGUGGUUAUGUACCGUUCCGACGCACCCCGUAAACGUAAUGUCUGCGCGACAAGGUUUGUUUUUUUAACCGGAGAGCGGACAUGGACAGAAACGUGGUGGUUAAAGUAGGCGCGAUGGCGAGCGCUACUAUGUGCGCGUUGUUCGGCGGAGUCGUGUUCGCUCAGUACAUUUUCACCAAGAAACAGAGAGCAGGAAAGAAAACCAAGAUAAUCGAAAUGAUGCCAGAAUUUGAGAAGAGCACAGUUCACAUCAGAGACCCUGAGAGGGUGGAGCAGGUUAUCUGCAGUCUCAUUAAAGGUGGAGCAUCGAAACUGCAGAUCAUCACAGAUUUUGAUAUGACGUUAAGCAAGUUUGCUGUCAAUGGAAAUCGUUGCCCAACAUGUCAUAAUAUCAUUGACAACUGCAAGCUGGUGACAGAAGAAUGUAGGAAGAAGCUGCUCCAACUAAAGGAGAUGUAUUAUCCAAUAGAGAUUGACCCACAUCUGACCAUGGAGGAGAAAUAUCCAUUUAUGGUGGAGUGGUAUUUUAAGUCUCACACGUUAUUGGUAGAACAGAGAUUGCAGAAGGACAAACUUCCAGAGGUCGUGAGAGAGUCGGAUGUCUGUCUAAGGGAAGGGUACGAGCAGUUCUUUGACCGGCUGCACCAGCACAACGUUCCUAUGUUCAUUUUUUCCGCCGGUCUGGGAGAUGUGCUGGAGGAAAUUAUCAGACAAGCUGGCGUCUACCACACCAACGUCAAAGUUGUGUCCAACUUCAUGGACUUUGAUGAUAAUGGGGUUCUGAAAGGCUUUAAAGGAGAGCUGGUCCAUGUUUACAACAAGCAUGACGGUGCCCUGAGGAACACAGAGUAUUUCAAACAACUGAAGGACAAUGGAAACAUUAUUCUGCUCGGAGACUCUCUCGGUGAUCUCACCAUGGCAGAUGGUGUGCCCAAUGUAGAGCACAUCCUCAAAAUCGGCUUUCUUAAUGAUAAGGUAGAGGAACGGUUAGAAAAGUACAUGGACUCUUAUGAUAUAGUUCUGGUGAGGGAUGAAACACUUGAAGUGCCUAAUUCCAUACUACAGAAGAUCUUAUAAUAGACACCGCAGAGCCACCGGCCCACAGCACAGCCUGCAAGGAAAAGACUCCGAUUCCAGUAUAUUCAGAGUCACCUGGAUAGUUCAUCUGUCGACAUGCCUCACAUGUUCACAAGCCAUACAUACGUCACCCUUUGACUUUUUUUAAAGUUGUGUCCUCUCAUCAUAAUGAACUAUUUUAAUAAACACAUACACCUGGGAUCUCGGUGUAAAUGAAUAUCAAAAGAAAAAUACAUCAUUUGCAUAUUGGCAAAAUUAUUGUUUGUAGUAUUUUUGAUAUGGAAAUAUGUGUAUUCAGUGUUUGCAAUAAAAGUUGGGACUGUGAAGAGUACAAAGCCCAACUGACAUAUGACAUUUAUCAUCAUUCUUAAAAUGAUGUGCACUUUUAAAGUCUGAAGAACUGUCAAAGUUCUCAUGGAAAUUUGUAUUUCAUGAGAGUAUGCAGGCUGCAUGCACAGAUCAACAUUAAAGCAAUACUGUAAAUUGCUCCAGAAGCCAUGAUGUUCCAUGUGUUGUGUUCUUUGUCCUGUGAGAAUGUUUUAGCAUAAAUUAUCAACCUUUCGGUGUUAACAUUUGCACAACCUCCUGAUUACCUGUGAGGUAGGCAAUAAAGUUUUUUUCUCUGGAG